AUGUUUUUUUUCAUUGAAAAACGAACAUCUUCUAUUAUUUUUCAUAUACUCGUGGCUAAAAUUCGAAAUCGAGCAAAAGUGGAUCCAAGUGGAUUCCAGCCUGGUCUUGUUGACACGCCUGGUGCUGGUGGAGUUUGGCAAGGUCCACCACCAGGUUCACAACCACCAUCACAAAAUCCAACUCAUUUAAUUCAUCCACCACCUCCACCUCAUCAUCAUCCUGGGAUUAAUCCUGGACGUAUACCAAUUAUGCCACCACGAGAUGUACAUUUUCCUCCACAACAUAUGCGAUCGUUUAGGCCAUCAUUACCUCCUCCUCCUCUAUCGCCUGAAUAUCGACUGCAUGAUUUAAAUAAACGUUUAUCAAUGAGAACAGAAGAAUGCGAUAGUCAAUGGUGGGAUGCAUUUGUAAAUGAAUUUUUUGAAGAAGAUGCAACAUUAACAAUAUCAAUUUGUUUAGAAGAUGGACCUAAACGAUUUAGUAUCAGUCGUAUAUUAAUUCCACGUUUUUUUCGUACAUUAUUUGAUGGUGGUGUUAAUGAAGUUUAUUUUCAAUUAAAACAAACGAAAGAAAUUUUUCAUAGUCCAACAAUAUCAUUAGAUUGUGAACAAGCAUCAAUGGUAACUUGUUUUGGAAAACCGCCACAUAUUAAAGUUUGUACAGAAGGACAUCUUAUACUUGAAUAUACAUUUGAUGAUUUAAUGCGAAUAAAAUCUUGGCAUUUUGCAAUAAAACAAUUUCGGGAAUUAAUUCCACGAAGUAUUGUUGCCAUACCGACGGAUAAUCCAAGUUAUCUUGAUCAAUUAUCAAAAAAUUUAACACGAAGUGGAUUAACAUCUGUUAUGUUGAAUUUUCUCAGGUUAUGUGAAAUUCUUGAACCAAUGCAAGAAUUAAUGUCACGUCAUAAAACAACAACAUUUUCUCCGCGUGAUUGUUUAAAAACAAUUUUACAUCAACGUUGGUCAAAAACUUGUUCAGAAUUUCCUCUGAGUCCUUCAUUUUCAACAACAUUACCAUGUCAAACAGUUCUAGUAUCAGACAGUCGACCACCAGCAAAACCACGACGAAAAAGAAAAUCAACAGCAACAAAUAAUACUAAUACACCAGGAACUAAUAAUACUACUCCAAAUCCUAUAUCGACAUCUAAAGAUGCGAAUAUAAAUCAUUGUACAAUUUCAACACCAACUAAAAAACGUUCACCAGCUAAUACAACUUAUUCUCAACCAUCAACACAAGGAACAAUAACUCCAAAUAUGAAUAGUAUGCCUGGGGAUGUAAUGAUUGUUGGUGAACCAUCAUUAAUGGGUGGUGAAAUGGAUGAUGAAGAUGAACGAUAUAUAACUCGAUUAGAAAAUACUCAAUUUGAUCCAAAUGCAACAACAUCUAGUCAUCAUCAACCACAAUAUCUUUCACCUACUCAUCAAAUGUUACCAAGUUUUCAUUCACAACAACAACAACAAAAUCCAAAUCUUCAAUCUAUACUUCAUCAAAAACAACAAUUUAUACCUAAUUCACCACUUGUACAUACAAAUCAAAUAAAACGAGAACAAAUGUCAUUUCCUGGAUCACCUCAACAGCAGCAGCAGCAAUUACCAUCAAUGUUUUCUACUGGUGGUCCAUCAACACCAACACCAAAUGCAAAUUCAAAUAUAUUUCCACCACCCGUGACACCAAUUAAUGGUGAUUUAUCAACAAGUGGAAAACGAAUAUCAACAACAUCAAAUAUUUCUGUAUCAGGAAAUAAUUCUUCUAAUUCUCCACCAACACCAUCUUCAACAAAUCAUAAUCAGACUCCUUCUACACCAGUUCUACCAUCAUCGACAAAUCCUCCGACAACACCGACGAAUUCUUCUUGGAAUAGUUCGACAACUAAUCCUAGUAAUUCUUCUUCUUCAAAUAAUCCAAUUAUUAGUGAAAGACAACAAGAACCACAUACACCACCAGCGACACCUCAACAACAACAACAACAGCAACAACAAACAAUUGCUACAGCCUCAUAA